UAAGCGAAGCAGGACUGCAAUUGGCGUUAGUUAAAAGCCCUGUUAGUAUAACUCCACAUGAGGAAUUCUCCCGCGAAGAAGCUCGCCGGCUUCCACUGCAAAACUAUUUGCCCUAGCCGCAGAAUCUCCAGAUUCCAUCCCUCAAUCACCAAAUUCUUCGAUCGAUUCCUCUGAUUGCGCUUCUCCAUUCUCGAUCUUCUGAUCGAUUCUGCAUGGAAGGGGACGAAGACGGGAAGUGUCGGGGGGGAUUUCCGCAUUGAGACGUAGUUCUUGCGGAUUGGAACACUGCUACUUCGUAUUGGGGAUCAAUGGGAUGCGUAUGCGUGAAGCCGUUGUUUCAUCAAGAUGAGUACAGUAGGAGUCCUAGGGCGCGGCCGGUUAAUCCCGCGCAGUUGAUCGCUGAGGCGAAGCUUUCGGCGGAGGUGUCUUCUUCGGGGCAGGAGAUAGUGGGUGUUCGUUGGACUGAUGGGAGUGAGAGGAAACAUGAGUCGGAGAUGAGGAGGGAAAGUCAAGUUCAUCCAAGUCGUCAGCAGGUGUGGCUGAGUGGCCGCAUUCCGAAGGGGGUGGAAGGGGAGCAGGUGGCGGCUGGGUGGCCGAUUUGGCUGGCAGCCGUGGCUGGAGAGGCGAUUCAAGGCUGGGUUCCUCGCCGGGCUGAUUCAUUUGAGAAGCUUGAUAAGAUAGGUCAAGGAACCUACAGUCAUGUGUUUAGGGCACGUGACCUUGAUAAUGGAAAAAUUGUUGCGCUAAAGAAAGUGAGGUUCGAUAGUUUGGAACCUGAAAGUGUACGUUUUAUGGCUCGAGAAAUCCAUGUUUUGCGAAGACUCGAUCAUCCAAAUGUAAUAAAACUACAGGGCUUGGUAACGUCACACAUGUCUUGCAGUUUAUAUCUUGUUUUUGAGUACAUGGAGCAUGAUCUUGCUGGUCUUGUUUCUCACCCUAGUAUCAAAUUCACAGAACCACAGGUAAAAUGCUACAUGCAACAGCUAUUAUGUGGUCUCGAUCAUUGUCAUACACGAAACAUCCUACAUCGGGAUAUAAAGGGCUCCAACCUUUUAAUCGACAAUAAUGGCUUUUUAAAGAUUGCAGACUUUGGCUUGGCAAGUUUCUUCGAUCCCGUGCAACACCAACAAUUAACAAGUCGUGUGGUGACUCUAUGGUACCGACCUCCUGAGCUUUUGCUUGGUGCUACAGACUAUGGCAUUGCCGUUGAUUUAUGGAGCGCGGGUUGCAUACUUGCGGAACUUUAUGCGGGCAAGCCUAUAAUGCCUGGAAGGACAGAGGUAGAGCAACUGCAUAAGAUUUUCAAGUUAUGUGGUUCACCAACUGAGGACUACUGGUCAAAGUCCAAACUGCCUCACACCACCAUUUUUAAACCACAACAACCUUAUCCUCGGCGUCUUGCAGAAACAUAUAAAGACUUACCUGCACCAGCUUUAGCACUAAUGGAAGUGUUAUUAUCCGUUGACCCGGCUAAUCGUGGGACUGCAUCAUCGGCGCUACAGAGUGAGUUUUUUACAGCUGACCCCCUUCCUUGCGAUCCAUCAACCUUGCCCACAUACCCACCAAGCAAAGAGUUCGACGCUAAAAUUCGGGACGAAGAAACUAGAAGGCAAAGUGUUAGUGGUGGCAAGGCACGAAAACAGGACCUCGAAACAAGCGAACCCGAAGAAUCAAGAGCUGUUACUGCACGAGAUGCCAACGGCAAGUUAUCUACGUCGAGGAAGAAGAAAUGGCAGGGACAGAGUAAGUCUAAGAGCAAGAGCGCGAAAUUCAAAUCACAUCCGGAGGAAGCUGCCACCGGAUUUCCGAUCGAACCGCCACUUCUGAGGUCACUCGUGCCCGAAGCCGCCGAGCGUUCUCAAAGGCUUCACCCCCACAAAAUUUCGCAUUCAGGGCCUGUGGUUAGUCGAGGACCGCCAGCGAGGGUUCGGAAAAAUGAAGAUGAUCUAUUGAGGCUCGCAGCUGCCGCCAAUUUAUCUGGCCUUUCUGGUCUAGUGGCAGCAACCAGAAAUCCUGAUUCUCUAUCAGAAAAUAAUCCUCAUGAUGGAAGAAUAUCAGAGCCUGGAAGUGAUCACUCAGUGGCUCAUCAAAAGGAGCAUGCAAGGGAUGACUACAUGAAUCAGUCUCUACAACCGGGUUAUGGUCCGAAGGGCAAAAAAAUACACUACUCUGGUCCGUUGCUUCGCCCGUUCGGGAACGUAGACCAGAUGCUCAGAGAUCAUGACCGUCAGAUCCAAGAGGUGAUUCGACGAGCACGGAUCGAUCGGUCAAAGGUCAGGAGAAAUCACGACAGUGGCGGUCGAGCUGGUUCGAGUAACAAACCGUACAAUAUGGGUGUUAAUCCUGCCUAUCCCGCUAGCCGAAGCUCGGUUAUAGUCUUCACUACUAGCCGUGGGGCUUUACAGCAGCAACAGCAAGGUAUUUAAGCCUUUGUUUUUGUCCUUAGGCCUAAUAGGGGCAUUUACAUACAUACCACACAAUUCUUUUAUAUUUACAUUCUAGCAGCUAAACUUUCAU